UUGUAGGAUUUUUGGGGGUGAUCGGUUUGCUAUAUAAAGCCCGUUCAUCAAUAGUCGGUCGUCAGACUUUUCACCGUGUGUUCAUCCGCCAGAAUGAAGGUUUCAACAACUCUACUUGUAGCCUGUUUGGCUGUUCUGAUAGUGCCAGCGGUAUUUGGUUUCCGUAAGAAAUGCUUUAAGUGGCCUUGCUUUGGCGGUGGUUAUGGGGGCGGAUACGGCGGUGGCAUGGGUGGCGGUUUUGGCGGUGGAUACGGCAUGGGAUAUGGCGGUGGCAUGGGUGGCGGUUUUGGCGGUGGAUACGGCAUGGGAUAUGGCGGCGGAUAUGGAAUGGGUUAUGGCGGUGGCAUGGGUGGUGGUUAUGGCGGCGGAUACGGCAUGGGUUAUGGCGGUGGCAUGGGAGGCGGCUUUGGUGGUGGAUACGGAGGAGGAUAUGGAAUGGGUGGCUGGGGAGGUAGAAGAUGUAGAUGUAGACAUCGAUGCUGGUGGGGAGAAAGACCGAGUGGCAGGUGUCCUUGGUGUAAAUCUUGGUGUAAAAAGAAAAUCUGGUGUUGUAGAGGCAAGAAAUACUAAAACGUUUCAAGUAAAGACUUUUUUUAGGGAUUAUCUAACAGACAUGUACCGGUUAUCGACUGUGAAUUUUGAGAAAGAUUUCUACAAUAUUAUUUAUUUAUAUUAAAUAAAUCAAGCAUUAUA